CAGCGUGGCUCACGGGCCUCCAGGGACCACUGAGGUAAGCACAGACCUUUGGGCUCUUGGUUCUAGACUGCCCGACAGAGCAACCAUGGAGAUUCUGGGUGAGCGCAUCAAUGGGAGCCAGGGAUGGCUGCCCUCUUCGUUUGACCUCAGUGGCUCAGUGGCAACAGCCAAUUACUCCAAUAAGACGGAGCCGUACUACGACAUGACGAGCAAUGCCGUGCUCACGUUCAUCUACUUUGUGGUCUGCAUCAUUGGGCUGUGUGGCAACACGCUGGUCAUUUACGUCAUUCUGCGCUAUGCCAAGAUGAAGACCAUCACCAACAUUUACAUCCUCAACCUGGCCAUCGCUGACGAGCUUUUCAUGCUGGGGCUGCCUUUCCUGGCCAUGCAGGUGGCCCUGGUCCACUGGCCCUUUGGCAAGGCCAUUUGCCGAGUCGUCAUGACAGUGGAUGGCAUCAACCAGUUCACUAGCAUCUUCUGCUUGACAGUCAUGAGCAUCGACCGCUACCUGGCCGUGGUUCACCCCAUCAAGUCAGCCAAGUGGAGGCGGCCCCGGACAGCCAAGAUGAUCAAUGUGGCUGUUUGGGGGGUCUCUCUACUGGUCAUCUUGCCGAUCAUGAUUUACGCUGGGCUUCGGAGCAACCAGUGGGGGCGCAGCAGCUGUACCAUCAACUGGCCGGGUGAAUCGGGAGCGUGGUACACGGGGUUCAUCAUCUACGCGUUCAUCCUGGGGUUCCUGGUGCCUCUCACCAUCAUCUGUCUUUGCUACCUGUUCAUCAUCAUCAAGGUGAAGUCCUCUGGCAUCCGCGUGGGAUCCUCCAAGAGGAAGAGGUCGGAAAAGAAAGUGACCCGGAUGGUGUCCAUUGUGGUGGCUGUGUUCAUUUUCUGCUGGCUUCCCUUCUACAUCUUCAAUGUCUCCUCUGUCUCGGUGGCCAUCAGUCCCACCCCAGCCCUUAAAGGGAUGUUUGACUUUGUGGUGGUCCUCACCUAUGCCAACAGUUGUGCCAAUCCUAUCCUCUAUGCCUUCUUAUCUGACAACUUCAAGAAGAGCUUCCAGAAUGUUCUCUGCUUGGUCAAGGUGAGUGGCACCGACGAUGGUGAACGGAGUGACAGUAAGCAGGACAAAUCGCGGCUGAAUGAGACCACGGAGACCCAGCGGACCCUCCUCAAUGGAGACCUCCAAACCAGUAUCUGAAAUGCCCAGAGAAGAGCAAGCUCUGCCUACUGCCUCUGGGACGAGGAGCUGCUCAUCCUCCCCAGGCCCUUCUUCCCAUGCGUCCCUCUAGGAUUCUAGAAUCCCAGUGUGAUUCAGAGAAAAGUGCUG